AUGGUCCAUCGCGACAGCAGCCCAUCAACCCCCUACCACCACCACAAUGCCACCAAUGGCGCCUCUCAAUUGGGGCCUCCUGCCCCCAUCGUUCCUCCUGCCGUCGUCAACCCGCUCGCUGCUCCCCCUCAUCCCGCUCUCCGCAGCGCCCUCCCACACGACCGUCCGCACCAUCAAAUCAGUCAACACGCCCCGUCCCGACCGCUUCGCCCACCACCCCAAGAAGCCCGCCCUCAACAGCACAUCGCGCGCAGCCCUCGCGCGGAAAGCACCAACGACGCCGCUCCGCACCGGCCUCCUCGCACAGAAGCGCGGCAUGACGGCCGUCUUCGACCCCGAGACGGGCCGCCGCACCGCUUGCACCGUGCUGCAGCUCGACCGCAACGAAGUCGUCGCGCACAAGACGCGGGAUAAGAACGGGUAUUGGGCAGUGCAAGUCGGCGCGGGCCACAAGUCCAUCGACAACACCACAAAGCCCAUGCUGGGCCACUUCGCCGUCGCGGGCGUCGAGCCGAAGCGGUGGGUGAUGGAGUUCAAGGUCAAGGGGAAGGAGGGGUUGGGCGUCGGUGUUGGCGAACAUGUGGGCGCGAGCUGGUUUAGCGUGGGGCAGUGGGUGGAUGUGAAGGGGAUAAGCAGGGGUAUGGGGUUCGAGGGAGGCAUGAAGAGGCACGGGUUCAGUGGUCAGCCGGCGUCGCACGGUCAGUCCCUGAUGCAUCGUGGUAUGGGCUCUGCUGGUGGUUCUCAGGGCUCCGGUUCAAGAGUUUUGCCGGGAAAGCGCAUGGCGGGAAACAUGGGCAAUGAAAGCGUGACGGUGAAGAACUUGAAGGUACUGCAGGUGGAUGAGGCGAAUGGGAUUGUGGUUGUGAAUGGCUGCGUCCCUGGACCCAAGAACCAGAUCAUCAAGGUCCAGGAUGCGAUGGGCAAGCCGUGGCCCGCGGGACCCAUGAAGCUCGCCGACAUUUCGCCCGCUGUGGCGGCGGAGACGGCGGAGGCAGCUACUACUCCUGCAUAGGCGAGGCGGAUGUUGUACAUAUACGGACUGUAUCAUACCAUACCAUUCUAUACCAUGAGAAGGCGUUCUGGGAUGCAUAAGAUGCAUGUUUGCAUAGCGGGGAGGGAGCAAGUCUGUAGAUUAUGUACCACUACAACGGAAUGUAAGAGUGGAGCUUUUAGCUUUCGUCAUUCGUGGUGCUUGUUGGGUGAGUGGAAGGUUUUGUGGGUUCUGAAUGGGGUGUGCUGUGUGUUCAUGGCGAGCAGGCGUUGGGUGAGUGUUCUGAGCAGGUGC